GUUGUGGUGUGUUUAUUUGUUUAUUUUAUUUUUCCCGCCAAAUUUAUUGUUUUAUUUUGGUUUUGUGUUGACGUUUGAGGUGUUCCUACUACUGCUGGUGCUACUGCUACUGCUGGUGCUACUGCUACUGUUGGUGCUACUGCUACUGCUGGUGCUACUGCUACUGCUACUGCUGGUGCUACUGCUACUUCUUCAGAAUGAAACCCAUGACUGUAUGGGCGACCGUGGGCGUGAUAAUAAGCAUAACAACUUUAACCCACGUUACCCAUGCCCGCCAGGCCUUCAAAGGAGACCCGGGGGAAUUAGGUGACCCCGGCUUUGACCUCUCACGGUAUGCAGUAUCCCAAGAGGUCAAAUCGAGAACCAAGCGUUAUUACUUGACCUUCCCUUCAUCCUCGACUUUAACCUUCAAUAAUAAGAUUAAAAUUCCUCUGUUUAGUAAAUUCGACAGUAAUAUAAAGGGCGUGUUCAAGGGGUUUAUCCGAGCCAUCUACACACUACCGAGCGAAAUCGUUAGUGUGGGCAGGAGUCAAAUUGAUCAAGAUAGAGUUGUAACUUACAAUUCCCUCGAGUCUGUCUUUACCAACUUCGGGAUUAACGGCAGGGAAUGUCUACUGAAAGCCAUUUGUAAAACAGCGGAGGACCCAGCAGACGAUUUUGGCCUUGUGGGACAACUUCUUGGCCUCGUGCUGUCACCUACACACGGACUGAACACGUCGAAGGAUGAGCUGCACGACCACUGUAUUGCAGAGUCCUACGGUAGGGAUAUAGGGCACUGUGACCUAGCCUACUCCUCCUGCCCAUUUAAUCUGGGUCAGCUCCUAACUACAGGACUCUCUCUGCUUGAAGGAUCUCUCUCUGGGUUCCCUCAAGCUUAGGAUCACCGUAGGACUCUGAAGGAUUCGUCUUGGUGGAGUUUUCCUUCAGGUUUUGAGUUUGUGUGUGUG